CAGGAGGCCCAACAACUCAUAUUACGCUUCACUAUUCCCUGUUUGGCCGAUUCUAAAACACCCCAUUUUUUCAAGAAAAUCAAAACAUGUUAGGGUUAACUUCACUCCCAAAUCCCCAAACCCCAUUUCCAAUUUCACUCAACCAAUCACACCCCACCCCAAAAUCCCCAUUUCCCAGAUUUCAAUCCCCACCCUUCAAAACUCACCCUCAGAAAAUGCAAAAAAAGUUCAUUGUUCAUGCAAACCAAGAUAAAGACAGCGCCAAAAAUGGGUUUGAAAAUGGUGGGGUUGGAGAUAAAGAGGAUAUAAAGAAAGAAAAUGAGAUGCCCAAGUUCAAUUUCAGAUGGGUUGAUUUGGUUCUUGACCCGGAUCCACAAAACAUUGUAGCUGUUGCAUUGACAGGUCUGUUGACAUGGGCUAGUGUGCAAGUGUUGUGGCAGUUGUUUUUUAUAUCCUUGGCUAUUUUGGUUGCUGCUCUUAAGUACUCUUUUAUUGCUGCUGUUUUGCUUUUUAUUCUCAUUACUCUUCUUUAGCUGUUGUAAAGUUAUUUAUAGGUUUUUCGAGGUUAUGUGCACAUAUAAUUACAAUUGGAAGAAUAUAUCUUUAUUGCAAUUGCUACUUGUAUAUCAUGAGUUUUGGAGGAAUGCUACUUGGAAUAUAUCGAGUUUGAUGCUGUGGAAUUAUUAGUUGUUCUGGUCA